UGCCUUUAGAGGCUCCAAAUCUAGCUUCGCUUUAAAUAAAACCUGAUGCUCACAACAAGGCAGGCAAACGCUAACAUAUUUAUCCUAUACUAAAAUGAUCAACAGUUAUUUUAUGAAUUCCGUCAGUUUCGAAAAAGCGAUUAUAUGCUUGGAAAAGUUUAGCAUAUUCCCCUUUUUGUGAACGUCGUUGCGAGAUUUCCCAACGGUACCUGAACGCAGCAGCACGGACGCCAUAGUUGCUUCCGGCUUAUUAAACUUCACGCCUUAGCUCCUGCGGAUAAAAGUUAAUAUAUCGUCAAAAAAUAACCUUAAAGCGUGAAUAUAGUUGGUGUAGGAGUGUCGCCGCUAAAAAGGUAUUAUUUGGGAAGAGAAACGCGCAAAAUGUUGGGCUAGCCUGCUAGCUAGCGAGCUAACGUCAAAUCGAGCCAGCUAAAUGUAAACAAACACGUUUGUCAACCACGUGACUGACAGACGUCACUUUGACUGACAGCUGUCACUUUAUGUUCCACAAACUAACACCUUCGAGCUGCUUUGGACUGCAAAAGGCUUUAACUCAACUUUGAUGCAACUUUUGGCUUCAUGAAAACUGGAGCAUUUUAACCAGAAUGUGCGGCAGAAUGUGUCUUCUACUUUAUAAGUGCUGCUUUUGACUCAAGGACACUUUAGGGAAGUUUUUUUUUUAAGUAAUGGCGAGCACUUUGGCGGCCAAGAUGGGAUUUAACUCGCUGGCGAGGAAGCAAAACAGAAGCUUCAACGUGAGGAUCUGCACGAUGGAGUCAGACAUGGAGUUCAGCUGCAAGGUGAAGUGGAAGGGGAAGGACCUGUUUGAUCUGGCCUGCAGAACCCUGGGUCUGAGGGAGACCAGCUUCUUUGGUCUCAGGUACGCCGCCAAGGACACGCUGGCCUGGCUGAAGAUGGAGAAGAAGGUUCUGGACCAGGACUUGCCCAAAGAGGAACCCAUCACCCUCCACUUCCUGGCUAAGUUCUACCCGGAGAACGUGGAGGAGGAGCUUGUGCAGGACGUCACGCAGCAUCUCUUCUUCCUGCAGGUGAAGAAGAAGAUCCUGGAGGAGGAGAUCCAGUGUCCCCCCGAGGCCUCCGUGCUGCUGGCCUCCUACGCCGUCCACGCCAAGUACGGAGACUACAACCCCAAUGUUCACAAGCUGGGCUUUCUGGCUCAGGAGGAGCUGCUGCCUAAACGGGUGGUCAACCUGUACCAGAUGACGGCCGAGAUGUGGGAGGAGAGGAUUGCGGCCUGUCACGCUGGCCACCGGGGCCGCACCAGAGAGGAAGCCGAGAUGGAGUAUUUGAAGAUCGCUCAGGACCUGGACAUGUACGGCGUGGACUACUUCUUGAUCCGGAACCACAGGGGCACGGAACUCCUCCUGGGCGUGGACGCUCUGGGCCUGCACAUCUACCAGCCGGACAACAAGCUGACGCCCAAGUGCUCCUUCCCCUGGAACGAGAUCCGGGACGUGUCCUACAGCGACAAAGAGUUCACCAUCAAACCUGUGGACAAGAAAGCCGACGUGUUCAAGUUCAACUCUUCGCGGCUGAGAGUCAACAAGUUGAUCCUCCAGCUCUGCAUUGGCAACCACGACUUGUUCAUGCGGCGGCGGCGUGACUCCCUGGAGGUGCAGCAGAUGAAGGCCCAGGCCAAAGAGGAGCGAGCCAGGAAGCAGGUGGAGAGGCGGCGGCUGCAGCAGGAGAAGCAACUGCGGGAGGAGGCGGAGCGAGCCCGUGACGAUCUGGAGAGGAGACUGAUUGCAGCUGCAGGACCAGGCUCACACCGCAACCAGGCCUUGCUGCGCUCGGAGCAGACGGCCGACCUGCUGGCCGAGAAGGCGCAGGUAGCAGAGGAGGAGGCCAAGCUGCUGGCCCAGAAGGACGAGGCCGAGACGGAGACGCAGCGUGUCAAGGUGACGGCCAUGCGGGGCCAGGAGGAGCGCCGCCUCAUGGAACAGAAGAUGCUGGAGGCCGAGAUGCUGGCCCUCAAGAUGGCCGAGGAGUCGGAAAGGAGGGCCCAGGAGGCGGAGCAGCUGAAGCAGGACCUGCUGGAGGCCAGGGAGGCGGAGCACAGGGCCAAGCACACACUCCUGGAGCUGACCAGCAGAGUCUACACGUACCCAGCGCCGCCAGCAGGGGAGCAUCUCAGCUCGGACUUCAAAGACACGGACAUGAAGCGACUCUCCAUGGAGAUCGAGAAGGAGAAGGUGGAGUACGUGGAGAAGAGCAGGCACCUGCAGGAGCAGCUCAACCAGCUGAAGACGGAGAUCGAGAGCCUGAAGCUGAAGGAGCGCCAGACGUCGCUGGAACUUCUCCAGGAGCAGAACCUUGAGCAAGGCAGCAGCAAGCGCAGCAACUUCAAGAAGUCGACACUACAGAGCACCAAGUCCAGAGUUUCCUUCUUUGAAGAACUCUAAACGUCUUCUAGAAGGACCUUUUCGUCUUGGAACAUUCCUGCACGGUGACACAACAACACAACAACACAACACAACAACACAACACAACAACAUGAAUAUAUGGGAUUCACUUCAGAAAGCAAAUGUUCACAGAAUGUACUCUUGUUGAUUUAU